AUGAAAUAAAGGCCAACAACUGCGAAAGUUCCAAAAACCAUAGAUUAAAGGGAAAUUCAAUAGCUUCAUGAUCUAGAUAGUCGUUAAUAUCAGCUAAUCGGCAGCAAUCUUUCCUAAUUUACAAUUUUGAAUGAAUUGGGGAAAGGUUCCUAUGGAGUGGUUUAUAAGGUGAAAUCUAGUUAGGAUGGGAAUAUUUAUGUGCUUAAGAAGAUCAAUCUAACUCAUCUGAAACCAAAGCAUCAAGCUGAGGCACUCAAAGAGGCAUAACUUUUGAGGAAACUGAAACACCCAAAUAUCAUCACAUAUUAUAUGAGUUUCAUUGAACAAGACAAUCUCUGCAUCAUUAUGGAAUAUGCAGAAGGAGGAGAUCUUUAGAAAUUACUCAAAGAUUAUAAGGAGAGAAGGAAAUUUAUGUAAGAAGAAACCAUUUGGGAGAUGAGUAGGGAACUCAGUUCAGCAUUGUAGCAUCUGCAUGAAAACAACAUCAUUCACAGAGAUAUUAAAACACUCAACGUGUUUCUUACGAAGGAUAAACGUGUGAAAUUGGGGGAUCUAGGAGUAUCCAAAAUAUUCAAUUCAGACACAGCCCUCUAAGGCACUCGAGUUGGCACUCCCUUAUAUUUGUCCCCAGAACUUGUUUAGCAUUAGCCCUAUGAUUACAAGGUUGAUAUUUGGGCUUUGGGUUGCGUUGUAUUUUACAUGGCUGCUUUGGAACCUCCCUUUUAGGGUGAGAAUUUGAUUGCCUUAGGAUAUAGUAUAGUUAACAGAGCUCCUAAAGCAUUGCCGCCUCAAUAUUCUACAAGAUUAAGUCAGUUCAUUUGGAAGUUGCUUGAGAAGAUCCCAGCCUUGAGACCCAGAGUCAGCCAUAGAGAAUUUCAUAGUAGAUUUUAUUAAUUACAUAGACAACUUGAUGAUGCAUUGCCUUAGAUGUAAUAUCAAUAGCACUAAUAAUAAAGGCCAUAAACCUCAAAUCCCAAAUCGUAUGCAAUGUAGGCAUAAGAGACUGAGAAGAUGAAGAAAACUAGGAAACCACAACAGCAAGAUUUAAUUAGUAAUGGGUCGGAUACAAUCUACAUGGGAGAUGUUAUUGACAUGACCUAAAAGCAAGUAGAAAAUGAGCAAAUAUCGAGAGCCUAAUAAUAUUAGUAGUUGUUGAAAGAUCAAUAGGAGAAGUUAGAGAAGGAGCGACUUGAAAGGGAGAGGAUAGACAGAGAGAGACAAGAGAGAAUGGAUAGAGAGAGAUAGGAGAGGCUGGAGAAGGAGAAAUAAGAAAGAUUGGAAAGACAAGAGAGACUAGAAAGAGAGAAAAUCUAGAGAUUAGAGAAGGAAAGGUAAUUAAAAGAAUAACAGGAAUAAGAUAGACUUAAGUAAUUAGAAUAAUAAGAAUAUAAAAAUACUUAAUAAUAGUAAUAAUAAUAGAUCUUAAAGAUUCAAUCUAACAAUGUUGAACUCUACAUUCAAGAUAUCGAUGACAAAUAAUUUUAAGAGGAAAGGAAGAACUCUUUUUCACUAGAAUAAGGACCAAAAUUUAAACUUGAAAUGAAACACUCUAAACCAUAGAAUACUUAUAAACAGAAUGUGCAAAUCAGACCUUUAUCAGCCUAAGCAAGAGGAUCUUCAUUUGCAAAUAUCUCUUGCAGGGCUAAAUUGAUUCCAGUGUAAUAAAAUUAAUCAGUCAAGGAAGUUAAAAAGUUCACUAUCCUAGAUUUGAACCCAACUUCAAACUAGCCAUCUGUGCAUUAAGAGGUACCUCUACCACAGGAACCUUACAUUAAAUACCCAAAUAGUAAUGGUGGUUAAAAUGCUGUAAUUAACAACGUUAACAACAUUCUAAAUUCCCAACCGAAUAAAACCAAAGAAAAUAUUCGUAUCAAAAGUGCUCUUAUAAUAUAAUACUCAAAUAAAAGAUAAUAACAAGAUCAAUCAUCAAAUUAAAUUGUUAAGCAUUACACAUUAAAGGAUUUAGUAGAGUCAUGA